AUGUCGCAAAACAGGUGGAAAGUCGGCUCUUUCUUGCAGCAGGCCGUCGCUGGCGUGGAGUCGCGACUGGACCAGAUGCUGACCGAGGAGGAAGACGCAAAGAAAUCGCAAGCCAAACAAGCUCACCUGAGGUCAACGUCUGGCGACCAGUCUGGCAACAUCUCGCGCAGUUCGUCCAACGCACGGAAGAACGACCGACUCCAAGAACGUCUCGCUCGUGCUAUGGUGAAAAACAAUGCACAGAGUACUCCGGAUUCCUCCUCCGCCGUGGUUUCUCCAGUUGCCAGCCCGGUUCCGAGCAAUGGCGCACGAUCGAGUAUGGACAUCGAGUCCAGUCUCGGCUCUCUCCCCAAGGAUAUUGCUUCGCCUCCGGAAACUAGAUCGAGCUCGCCUGCGGUAGCGCCUUCGAGGAUGAGCCACGACUCCUCAUCCUCCCCGCGCGUCUCAUUGGAGGUCCCGGCGCCAACUUCUAGCGAGAAAGAUACUACAACACCUGCACCCACCUCAGAGCCUGGCGCGGAAGAAACUGAACCUGUGUCAACACCAAUGGAGCCCGCGUCGGUUAGUACUAAUUCUCUUGUGGAAGGCAAUAAAGCUUUAGCGGGCGAAGAGGAGACCUCGGAUGAACCUCAGGAGUCGGAAAAGAGCACUGCUGAGUCCGAAUUACAAGAAGAAAUACACGGGUAUAUCGAGCGCAUUGACGCUCUGCAGUCGAAGCUUAAGUAUCUAGCUCAGGAAGCUGCGGAGUCGGCUCGGAAAGCCGCUGCUACAGCCGAACCUGGAAGUGCCGAUAAGCAGCUUCGAGAAAAGAAUGAGAGAAUUGCGCUGCUGCUCGAAGAAGGGCAGAAACUUUCAAAGACAGAGAUGGACCAUAGGACAUUGAUCAAGAAACUUCGACAACAGCUAGCGGAAAACUCCAGGCUCCAAGCCGAGGCGAAGAAGAAGAAUGACCGACUCGAGAAGGACUUGGCCAAUGUUGAGGCUAGGGCAAAGCGAGCAGAGGCAGCAGAAAAGAGAGCGACUGUGUCGCUAUCUGCCCAGACUAAGACCGGUCGGGACUUGGAAGCCGUAACAGCUGAACGGGAUGCUUUAAGCCAAACAGUGCAAGAGAUGAAGGGACAACUCGCUCGAGCGGUUUCUCGGGCGGAUGCAGCAGAAGCUAAGGCUAACUCCGAUGCUUUGGAGCGGGAAAAGCAGCGUGCCAACAAUCUGGAGGAGGAGCUCUCAAGCGCUAAGAUUGAGCGCGAAAUUAAUGAAGAGAAAUCCAAAAGGGAAAUAGCGGGCCUGAAAGAGAAUAUCGAACAGGAGAAAGAAAGGGCCCGAGCGUUGGAGGCUGAGUUGAAAGGGGAGCAGUCCGUGUUGGAGAGCAAGAUGGAAUCUUUGCGGUCAAGAGCGGAGGAAGCGUCUUCUGGAGUAGGCGGGGAUGCCCAGGUUAAACUUCUCCGUCAGAUCGAGACACUGCAAACUCAAUACGCUGCUGCUAGCGAGAACUGGCAGGCUCUAGAGGGCUCUCUACUUUCGCGGUUGGCAAAUGUGGAGAAGGAGCGAGAUGAGGUCGCACGGCGAGAGGCUGAGGCACGGAGGAAGAUUCGCGAGGUGAAUCUCAAGGUGAAGCGACUUGAGGAGGAACUCGAGGACGCCCAAGAAUCACAGCGCGACCUCGCGAACAAAGUAGAAGAGGCUUCUCAGGAACUACAAAAGGCCGAGCAACGGCUCAAGAAAGCCGCUGACGAGCUCACCGCAGCACAGAAUGAAAUGACCGAGCAAAAGGUCAUUUCCGACGCAACAUGGGCGCAGAAGCUAGAAGACGAGCGAGCAAAGUGGCGCGAGCAAACCAUGCGCCCUAUGAACCCUCUCCGGCGCAACGAGUCCCCUGUUUCCUCCCACCGCCCCAGCAUAUUAGAGACACCCAUGUCGCUGUCUGACUACCGGCCAACGAGCCGCCGCUCGUCCGCUAUACCAGGUGUCAUCCCCGACAUCAGCACUCCGCCGCGACAGAACUCCCUUCCCGUAUCAGCCUCUCAGUCAGUAUUGUCUCCAAUACUCUCGGAUAAGGGCUCGUUUCCGGCAGUUCCAGAAUCACCCAAGUUGCUCGAUCCAGACGAGUUCUUCACUGGCUCGCGGACACCGUCGGCUUUUGGUGGUACUGCAACUCACUCGCGGGGCAUCAAUGAUAUCAUCUCCGAGUCUACUGUUGGUGCGGGGCCGUCGGUCCAGCUUGUUGAGCGUAUGAGUGCCACAGUGCGUCGGUUGGAGAGUGAGCGCGCCGCUUCAAAAGAUGAGCUGGCGCGCAUAACCGCCCAGCGCGACGAAGCCCGGGCGCAAGUCGUGGACUUGAUGCGGGAGGUGGAAGAAAAGAGAGCGUCUGAUACACAGGUGCAAGAGUUACAGCAGAAACUUGAGGAGCUCGACAGGCGGUAUGAGACUACGCUUGAAAUGCUCGGCGAGAAGAGCGAGCAGGUGGAGGAGCUUGAGGCUGACAUUGCGGAUCUCAAGAAGAUUUACCGCGAGUUAGUGGACAGCACGAUGAAGUGA